AUGGCGCUGUCCCUGGCCGGCGAGCCGGGCCCCACGACGGCCGGAGACGCUCUGGCGAUGAGCCCCGCCGGGCUGGCCGCCUACUACCCGCCUUUCCUGCCCCCCGCGCAGUACUUCGAGGCGACCCCCGACUUCUUGGAGCCCCUCAAGCCUCUGGCCAGCCGGCCGCGCUGCCCGGAGAGCCCAUCCCCAGCCUUCCCCUACCCCCCCUACUCCAAACCGCCGCCCCCUUCGGCCCCCUCGGUCCCCUCGGAGGGGUCCCCCCCGGGGCCGGGCACCCCUCGCCGGGCAGCCCGGCCGCCGGGGGGCGGCGAGGCGGCGGGGCAGAGCCGCAGCUACCGCUUCACCGAGGAGGAGCUGAACGCCGUGCUGUACGGGGCGCUCCGCAGCAGCCAGCUGGCCGGCAGCCUGCACGCCAUCUCGGGGCUCAGGGUGCCCCCCGGCAGCCCGGGUGCUGCCCACUCCUCGUCGGCCCCGCCGCCGCCCGACAGGGACUCGCUGCAGCUGCCCGAAGGGCUGGCGGUGCUGCGGGUGGCCUACGGGGACCUCGCCCACCUCGGAGUCUUCUGCACGGACCCCAUCCCCAAAGGAGUCCGCUUCGGCCCUUUCCAAGGCAAAGUGGUCAACACCACCGAGAUCAAGACUUACGACGACAACUCGCUGAUGUGGGAGAUCUUCGAGUACGGGCAGCUGAGCCACUUCAUAGACGGCAAGGGCGCCUCUGGCAACUGGAUGUCCCUGGUGAACUGCGCCAGGUUCCCCGAGGAGCAGAACUUGACGGCGAUCCAGUGCCAGGGGCAGAUCUUCUACGAGAGCUGCAAGGAAAUCUUGCCGAAGGAGGAGCUGCUGGUGUGGUACGGGGACUGCUACGUGCAGUUCCUGGGCAUCCCCAUCAGCCUGAAGGGCAUGCCGGAGGGGAUGAGACCCCCGCCGCACCCCGAAGACGCCGGGGAGAGCUUCAAGUGCGAGCGGUGCGGGAAGGUCUUCGCCUACAAGUACUACCGGGACAAGCACCUCAAGUACACCCGCUGUGUGGACCAGGGGGACAGGAAAUUUCCUUGCCACCUUUGUAGCCGAUCUUUUGAAAAAAGGGACAGGCUGAGGAUCCAUAUUCUCCACGUUCACGAGAAGCACAGACCUCACAAGUGCUCGGUGUGCGGGAAGAGCUUCUCUCAGUCCUCCAGCCUGAACAAACACAUGAGGGUUCACUCUGGGGAGCGCCCCUACAAAUGCGUCUACUGCAACAAGGCAUUCACAGCCUCCAGCAUCCUGCGCACGCACAUCCGCCAGCACUCUGGAGAGAAGCCCUUCAAGUGCAAGCACUGCGGCAAAGCCUUCGCCUCGCACGCCGCCCACGACAGCCACAUGCGGCGCACGCACAGCAGGGACAAGGGCGGCACUUGCUCGCUGUGCGGCCAGCACUUCCCCGAGCAGGAGGAUUACCACUUCCACAUGAAGAGCCAUGCUGCUCAUUAGUCAAAGGUGGAUGGGUCCUGGACCAGCUUCGUGUGUGUAUUUGUGUAUGUGCAUGUGUGUUGGGUGUGUGCACACCGCAGGAGGUGACAUUUACCCUCGCGAUGUGGGUCCCAAGCUCCUCUCUAAGUGCAGGGCACUGGCUUAUCUUACUGGGUACCCUGGCUCCACGCUGGGGUGAACUCCAACAUGCACUAACCCUUCCUCCCCUUCCUGCGCUCUCAUUUUCACAGCCAGGAGUGAAUGCCACCUCCCACGAACCUUUUAUGUGUGAAUAUCACUGUGAUAGACGUUGCCAUACCUCUAAUGCAUCAGUCUAUGCACUGCCUGCUGCUGUCCAUGCCAAAGCUCAUGUAAGGGACUUACUUAGCAAGUGUGUUUACCAAAGCCAAUUUAGUCUGUUUCAGCACAUGAGCAGGUGUAGGGCCUAUUUCCCCAUAUUAUGGAAGUUCCUUAAUGACUCCCUAAUUAAAUGCAAAUGUGGUGGGAGCAGCGCAGGGUUAUUUAGAUCUGUUUGGCCACAGAGCCAGGUGAGCUGACCACAGGGAACUCCA